GCUUCCUGGCUGCAUUCAGAACUGGUUUGAAACUGGAGCCGGUUGGACUUCAGGGACUCCAAGCGGUUCCAAAAAUCCAGAGGAAGAAGUCAAAGAAAGAACAGCUGCAUUUGUGUCAGAGGGGUGAAGGAGGAAGGUGUGUGUGAGCUGAUGUGGAUCCAGUGAAUCCAGCAGCAUGGAUCAGUGGGAGGAACCACAGGAGGGAGCCCCUCCCUCUAGAAGCAGAGACGGUAACCAUGACAACCAGAGCAAAGCUCAGAGGAACCAACCUGGACCUGGAUCUGGAUCCAGCUGGGGGUCCUUCAGGAGUGACAGAUCAAAGGAUGUUAAUCCAGACUUCAAAGACAUCAGUCCAGGAGUGGAACAAGGUCAACAGGUCACACAGAGAGUCCAGUCUGCAGCCUCCAGCUGUGGAUCCAUGAAGAGUGACCAGUCCAAAGAUCAUCCUCCAGAGUUCAGAACUGAACCAGGACCUUCAGACUCACAUGUCCACAGAGAGAAGAAGAGGAGCGGACCCCAGUCUGCAGAAAGACCCAGAGCUGCAGAUGUUGGUCUGCAGGAGAUGUUUGGAGAACAUCAGAUCAGUCUGAGGAGCAGAAGUGAACAUGUGGCUGAAGGAACUGAAGAAGCAGGAAGAGAAACGCUCCUCAACAGGGUCUACACUGAGCUCUACAUCACAGAGGAACUGAGACCAGAGGCUCACACCCAACAUGAGGUGAUGCAGCUGGAGACCACCACCAAGACCAACCAGCUCCAUGACACUGCAAUCAAGAACCCAGACAUCUUCAAAGUCCUCCCUGACCAACACAGAUCCAUCAGAGUGGUUCUGACCAGCGGAGUUGCUGGAGCUGGAAAAAGCUUCUCAGUGCAGAAGUUCACUCUGGACUGGGCCGAGGGCUUGGAGAACCAAGACAUCAGUGCUGUGGUUCCUCUGUCCUUCAGGGAGAUGAACUUGAUCAGAGAUGAGCAGCACAGUCUUCUCACUCUGAUCCAGCUGUUCCAUCCAACACUCCAGAAGAUCCCAGCAGAACAGCUGUCUGUCUGCAAACUUCUGUUCAUCUUUGAUGGUCUGGAUGAAAGCAGACUUUCUCUGGACUUCAACAACAGUCCGGUGGUGUCUGAUGUCACACACAAGUCCUCAGUCAACGUGCUGCUCACUAACCUCAUCCAGGGACGUCUGCUGCCCUCAGCUCUGGUCUGGAUCACUUCCAGACCUGCAGCAGCCAAUCAGAUCCCUCCUUCAUGUGUGGACAGACUGACAGAAGUCCGAGGCUUCAAUGAUGCUCAGAAGGAGGAGUACUUCAGGAGGAGGUUCCCAGAUGAAGAGCUGUCCAGCAGAAUCAUCUCCCACAUCAAGGGCUCCAUGUCCCUCUACAUCAUGUGUGAAGUUCCAGUCUUCUGCUGGAUCACUGCUGUGGUUCUGGAGAACCUGCUGCCCACAGAGCAGAGAGGAGAGCUGCCCACCACCCUGACUGACAUGUACUCCCACUUCCUGAUGGUCCAGACAAAGAGGAAGAAGAACAAGUACCAGCAGGAACAUCAGAGAAGUCCACAAGAGCUGACAGAGACUGACAGGGAAGUUCUUCUGAAGCUGGGGAGGCUGGCAUUUGAACAUCUGGAGAAAGGAAACAUCAUGUUCUACCAAAAAGACCUGCAGCAGUGUGGUCUGGAUGUCACAGAGGCCUCAGUUUACUCUGGAGUUUGUACUGAGAUCUUCAGAAGAGAGUGUGGGAUCUUCCAGAAACUGGUCUACAGCUUUGUUCAUCUGAGCGUUCAGGAGUUUCUGGCUGCAGUCUACAUGUUCCACUGUUACUCCAACAGGAAGGUAAAGGUCAUUGAGGACUUCCUGAAGAACAACAUGGAGAACCCAUCCCUGGAUGAGUUUCUGAGUAGAGUCAUGAAGAAAUCUCUGCAGAGUCAAACUGGACACCUGGACCUGCUGGUUCGCUUCCUUCAUGGUCUCUCUGUGGAGUCCAACCAGAGACUCUUAGGAGGCCUGCUGGGUCAGACAGAGAAGAAUCCAGAAACCAUCCAGAGAGCCAUCAACAACCUGAAGAAGAUCAACAGUGAAGGAGUCUCUCCUGACAGAAGCAUCAACAUCUAUCACUGUCUGAUGGAGAUGAAGGACCUCUCAGUUCAUCAGGAGAUCCAAGAGUUCCUGAAGUCAGAGAAAAAAUCAGAGAAGGAACUCUCAGAGAUCCACUGCUCAGCUCUGGCCUACACUCUGCUGAUGUCAGAGGAGGUUCUGGAUGAGCUGUACCUGAACCAGUACAACACAUCAGAUGAGGGUAAACGGAGACUGAUCCCAACUGUGAAGAACUGCAGAAAGUUCAUGUGA